GAUCCUUUAAAAUUUGGGGGAAAUCAAAUCAGGGAAGUGAAUCUGAAUGACACAAGGCUGAGUAGGCCGGAGGGACGGGAAAGAAGAAAUCGAGAAUAAUUCAAGGCUUAUCCAUCCAAGCGCUCGUGGAUGGAGAUGGAGUAGGAAUCUAUGCUCUUAUUUAGAAAGACAGAAUUGACGGUGAAUCACUCAACACUUGGCAAUUCCGCUUCUCCAUCACCGUUACCGAAUAUUCAAAACCAAUUACCCACGAUCCCAUUGCUUUCCAUUUCCCAGAUUUCUAGGUCUGUUGAAGAGAUUUGGUUCAACCACUCUUUGGCUCUUCGCGAUUUUGACUCCCCCACGGAGCUCGUUUUCUAUUGUAAUCGUACUUCUUUCUGCUUCGGUCUUCUCCAAGUCCCAGUUUGCUUGUUCAGGACAGGGAAAUGGAUGGACCAUCUGGUCAAGGUGGCACUAGUGUGGAUAUGUUCUUCCGGACCUAUAAGCUUGGGAAGACGCUUGGCAUUGGUUCAUUUGGUAAGGUGAAAAUUGCAGAACAUGUUUUGACAGGGUAUAAAGUUGCUGUCAAGAUCCUUAACCGCCGCAAGAUAAGGAACAUGGAAAUGGAAGAGAAAGUCAGACGAGAAAUCAAAAUACUAAGGUUGUUUAUGCACCCUCACAUAAUAAGACUUUAUGAGGUUAUAGAGACACCAACAGAUAUCUAUGUCGUGAUGGAGUAUGUGAAAGCUGGUGAGCUGUUUGAUUAUAUUGUGGAGAAGGGUAGGUUACAGGAGGAUGAGGCUCGCAAUUUUUUCCAACAGAUAAUUUCUGGUGUGGAGUACUGCCACAGGAAUAUGGUGGUUCACAGAGAUCUUAAGCCUGAAAAUCUGCUUUUGGAUUCCAAGUACAAUGUGAAGAUAGCUGAUUUUGGUUUGAGCAAUAUCAUGCGGGAUGGUCAUUUCCUGAAAACAAGUUGUGGAAGCCCAAACUAUGCUGCCCCAGAGGUUAUAUCUGGGAAAUUGUAUGCUGGACCUGAGGUAGAUGUAUGGAGCUGUGGGGUCAUCUUAUAUGCACUUCUCUGUGGCACUCUGCCUUUUGAUGACGAAAAUAUUCCCAACCUUUUUAAGAAAAUAAAGAGUGGGAUAUAUACUCUUCCUAGCCAUUUAUCUACUGGUGCAAGAGAUUUGAUUCCAAGGAUGCUUGUUGUUGAUCCUAUGAAGAGAAUCACUAUUCCUGAGAUUCGUCAGCACCCUUGGUUUCAAGCUCACCUUCCGCGCUAUUUAGCCGUGCCACCACCAGAUACAAUGCAGCAAGCAAAAAAGAUUGAUGAGGAGAUUCUACAAGAAGUGGUUAAGAUGGGAUUUGAUAGGAAUGGCCUCGUUGAUUCUCUUCGCAGCCGAGUACAGAAUGAGGGUACUGUGGCAUACUAUUUGCUAUUAGACAACCGGUUCCGUGUUUCCAGUGGUUAUCUUGGAGCUGAGUUCCAGGAGUCUGUGGAAUAUAGUUUCAACCGCAUGAGUUCAAAUGAUUCCACUGCUUCUGCUUUUGGGCAACGUACUCCAGGAUACAUGGAUUAUCAAGGAAUGGGUUCGAGACCCCAGUUCCCAGUUGAGAGGAAAUGGGCGCUUGGCCUUCAGUCUCGAGCCCAUCCUCGUGAGAUAAUGACAGAAGUUCUGAAAGCUCUGCAAGAACUGAAUGUGUGUUGGAAAAAGAUUGGGCACUAUAACAUGAAGUGCAGGUGGAUUCCUGACAUUCCUAGUAUUCAUGAAGGCAUGAUCAAUCCUAUGCAAAGUAAUAAUUACUUUGCAGAUGAAUCUACCAUUAUAGAGAAUGAUGCCGUUAACCGAUCACCCAAUGUGGUCAAGUUUGAAUUGCAGCUUUACAAAACUCGUGAGGAGAAAUAUCUGCUUGAUCUUCAGAGGGUCCAGGGCCCGCAACUUUUAUUCCUGGAUCUUUGUGCUGCUUUCCUUGCUCAACUCCGGGUUCUCUAAAAGGAUAAGCCAGACGAGCUGGAGGCCUAUGGUUAAGUGAAUCUUGGGCUUCUUGUGAAGGAUAACUUAAUGCUGUAUAUAACCUGUCUCUGUGGUCAGUUUAUAUGCUCUGCGAGCAAGUUAUUUUGAACUUGCAACUUUUGUUUUGCUUAAUUUUAAUGAUGCCUAGGUUCAUUUGAAUUUCUUUUAUAUGAUGGAAUGGCAUCACCUUCUGUUCUUUUCCUUUUCUGUUGUCUGAGGCAAUGUGGAAGGUCUAUAAUUGAUAUC